AUGAGCGACUAUGAGGUCACUCUAGUCAAUGAUAAUAGUUGGGAGUUUUACGUCCGAUUCAAGGGCCCCGAAGAGACACCGUUUCAAGGUGGCUUGUGGAAAGUUCACGUCGAGUUGCCAGACCAAUACCCCUACAAAUCGCCCAGCAUCGGCUUUGUCAACCGCAUAUUUCACCCCAAUAUUGACGAGUUAUCUGGUUCUGUUUGCUUGGACGUCAUCAAUCAGACAUGGUCCCCCAUGUUCGACAUGAUCAACAUAUUCGAAGUCUUUCUCCCACAACUCCUCAGAUACCCGAAUCCUACCGACCCUUUGAACGGUGAGGCGGCUGCGUUGCUGAUGCGAGAACCAAAGAGCUACGAUGCCAAGGUCAAGGAAUAUGUGGCCAAGUAUGCCAGCAAGGAAGCUGCGGACGAGGCUGGAGCCGAGACGGACGAUGAUGACGAUAUGUCUUCAGUAGGAAGUUUUGGUGAUGAAGAGGACGAGGAGCCAGCAGGACAAAUGGAGGAGGUGUAG